CGCACAGUUAAAUACACGGUAGACGAAAUUAGGCCCGAACUGCCACGGACAAUUAACUGAUUAAUUAAACAUUUAGUGAGUGAAUUUGACAGUGCGUGCCGAGCUUAACAGGGAACGAUGUUUGAUGUGUUCGGCUCCGUCAAGGGGCUGCUCAAAAUCGAUGCGGUAUGCAUCGACAACAACAUAUUCCGCCUGCAUUACAAAGCUACGGUGAUUAUUCUGAUAGCUUUCUCUUUGCUGGUGACGAGCAGGCAGUACAUAGGAGACCCCAUCGACUGCAUCGUGGACGAUAUCCCCCUAAAUGUCAUGGACACGUACUGUUGGAUCUACUCCACGUUCACGAUACCCAACCGGUUGACGGGGCGCGUCGGCCAGGACAUCGCCCAACCGGGGGUGGCCAGCCAUGUGGACGGCAAGGACGAGGUAAAGUACCAUAAGUACUACCAGUGGGUGUGUUUCGUCCUGUUCUUCCAAGCCAUGUUGUUCUACGUGCCACGCUACCUGUGGAAGACGUGGGAGGGUGGCCGCAUCAGGAUGCUGGUCCUUGACCUCAACUGCCCCAUCGUGAGCGAAGACUGCAAGAAGGACCGCAAGAAGCUGCUGGUAGAUUAUUUCACGGUUAAUCUGCACAUGCAAAAUUUCUACGCCUUCCGGUUCUUCAUAUGCGAGGUAUUGAAUUUCGUUAACGUGGUAGGUCAAAUUUUCUUUAUGGACUUCUUCCUGGACGGGGAAUUUAGUACAUACGGCAGCGAUGUACUCAAAUUCACGGAACUGGAACCGGAAGAGCGCGAGGAUCCGAUGGCCAGGGUGUUUCCUAAAGUAACGAAAUGCACCUUCCACAAAUACGGUCCUUCUGGGUCGGUGCAGAAGUUCGACGGGCUCUGCGUGCUGCCCCUAAAUAUCGUCAACGAAAAAAUUUACGUGUUCCUGUGGUUCUGGUUCGUCCUACUCAGCGUGUUGUCAGGCAUCUCCCUCAUCUACCGUUUCUGCGUUAUCAUGGGCCCUAAACUCCGUCUCUACCUGCUCAGAGCCAAAUGCCGCAUUGCCGCCUCCGAUCAAGUAGAAACUAUUGCCAACAAGUGCGAAAUAGGAGACUGGUUCGUCCUCUAUCAACUAGGUAAAAACAUCGACCCUCUCAUCUUCAAGGAAGUGAUCUCAGACCUGUCGAAGAAGCUGGAGGGAAAAGAGACAGUCUAACGAGCAUUUCGAACGAAUCAACAAACGACGCGUGCCUUCUCGAACAAUUCAUUUAAAAGACUUAGAAAAAGUAUUGAGAUAUCUAGGUGCACGCAUGUAUACGCUUGGUAGGUAACCAAAUUCUGUUAUCGAUUUACCUGCUGCACCCUAAACUCGCGAUUGGGACGCCAUUCCAAAAAAGUAUAUGUUAAUUAAAGGACCAAUUAUAAAGUUCUGUGAUGACAGAAAAGACUGUAAUCAAUCAAUGUUUUCCGGCCACCAGCCGCUUGGAUCGGCUGUGAUAAAUCAUUUACUGUCUUAGGGGUACAAUAGCUCAAACAUGUCAUUCCAUAACUGUUUUUAUCGCUUUUUAUUUCCUAAAUUGUAAUAAGUACUGCCAGAACGUUGCGCACUACGGUUGAAAUUUAACAGGCAAUAAUAAUUCGGAGACCGCUUUCGCCGCUGGCCACGAGUGCAGCGCACAAGAUGGCCUUCUGCUCCUCAGCGGAGCAUGCAAUAAUAUAGAACGUGUCUUGCCCCCUUCGUUGUCGAAGGAACAUGCACAGUACGGUCGGCGAAAUCGUACUCUCUGUGAUAGAUCUGAAAUGAUUAUUGUGUAAAAAAUGCUCUGUUUGUUUUUACAUCAUGUAGCAUGUAAUUAUCAAUCAUUAAGUUAAUACAUAUGUGAUGUCUAGGCUAUAGUUUAGAUUAAGUUCCAUACGUACAAUUCCAAGACGAAACGAUAUAAGACAAUUUUUACAUUCGAUUCCCUUUUAUAAUAUUUUAAUUUGUAUAAAAAUAUUAUGUGUUCAGACUAUGAUUAUAUAUUGUAUAUUAUAGAAUUUUAAUAAGCCAAAAGUGCCUUAAAAUUUGUAUGGAAUUAUUAUAUUUAAAAAUAAUAAAUUAAGUGUUUUAAU